AUGCCUUGCCACGCCGUUCGUAUAUGGAAAUUUAGUGACGUAGUGGGUGCAUUUCUUGAUCUUUCCAUUGCCUUCCUUCUCCUUUACGCAUCAACUCUUGCUUAUUUCGCCUCCAAAUUUCUAGCCUUGUUUGGACUGAACUUACCUUGCCCUUACAAUAGCUUCUUUGCAAUUCCUGACAAUACCGACAAUAACUGCCUGCAAAGACGAUUAGUUGAUCACGCUUCACAGAAAAUUUUCUCUGUUCGAUCAUCUGUGAAAAGCAAGUUCCCUUUCGGUUCGAUAGGGAACGAUUUGCAGUGGAAUUCCAACAAGGGAACUGACACACAUGAGGGUUUUGGAUCGGAGGGUGAGGUCUCAAGUGUAUCUUCUAUAGAGCGGAGGACAGACAAUGUAACAGGAGCAGAUUUGGCUGAGAUGAAAGACAAAAGUUUUGUGAUGGGUGCAAUGAACUUGCCGGAUGUGAAAGAAGGGAGAUAUGAGUCGAAAGGGAAGUGGAUUACUCGCCACAGAUCAAGAAGUGGCCUCAGACGCCGCAGAAAAGUCUCUUUUCAUCGCAAUGGCCGGAAGAUACCCUGGGUUUCAUCGUAUAAAUCAUUAUGGUCGAAUGCAGAAACUCCAAAAUCAGCUCCUGCAAGAAUCAGUAAAUUAGAGGAUGAAGACGGUAAGCGUCCUGCUAACUUUGAAGGCGAAUCAGGUGAUGGCUUUUGUUUGUUGGCUUACAAGGUGCUUGACAAUUCUCAUUCCUGUAAUGUGAAUUCUUGCGACAUUUUGGAUGUAAAGGAAACCUCGGUGCACAUUGGUUCGAAGAGAAAGUUUUCCCAUGGUUUUGAAUUAAAUGAAUCUGUAGAUGAGAAUGAACCCACACAAGAAAAUCCAUCAACUGCUGAUGAGUUCAAUUCACAUUUGGAUCAAGGUUCAGAUUCCAAUGCAAAGAGUAUAAUAAGACUCUUGACACAAGCACUGGAAGAAGAUCAUUCUGCUAGGGCUGUCCUUUACAUUGAACUAGAGAAAGAGAGAAGUGCUGCUGCUACUGCUGCAGAUGAGGCCAUGUCGAUGAUAUUGCGUCUACAAGAGGAGAAAGCAUCGAUACAAAUGGAAGCAAUACAAUGCCAGAGGAUCAUGGAAGAGAAAUGUGCAUAUGAUGCUGAAGAAAUGAGCGUUCUCAAAGAGAUUAUAGCAAGGAGAGAGAAGGAAAAAUAUUACCUGGAGAAGGAAGUUGAAGCCUACAGGCAAAUGAUAUCUGGGAAUGAGCAGUUGGAUGCUGAAAUUUAUGGAAUAGCAGCUACGAAGGGGGAAAUAAUAUUCAAGCAACGAAGAUUCAUUGCUGAUGCGGCCACAGCCGAUUAG